UACAGAUUUCAUUGUCAAAAUCUGGAAAAGGAAUGAACAGUUUGGUAGGCAUAGGGUUCACAUUGGGUGGACCCUUUGCUUUUCUGAGUUUGGAAGAAACCCCAAGACUCAGUGACCCAGUAAACAGUAAUUUGCGGUGUCUCUGGGACACAGAUGGGAUGUUCGCAGUGUUGUGGCGGGGACAUCACUGUGGGCUGCGCGGGGAGCCGGGCGCCGCUGCACCUGCUCCUGGGUGGGCCGAAGCUCAAGCACACGUUCGGUCUCAUUCCUGUGCUGUCAUGAGCUGAGGGGCCUGAUGGUGGCCUGGGUGGCCCUCCCAAGCACUGAAAGGCCACUGCGCUGUCAUGAAAAAGGCCCCGAACAGGGAAAAGCCGGGAGCCAGAGCUCCCGACUGUGAACCUGCUAGAUCACAGGACCUCCAGCAUUCAAGGCCUUGCCACUUCGCAACCAUUUCAUUUUUAGGUAAUUCACAGGCAGCUUGAACAGAUCACACAGAAAGGUCCCAGGUACGCGACGUGGUUUCCCCCACUGGUAACAUCUUGCAGAACUGGAGUACCGCAGGUAGCAGGGUGCUCACACACAGCGGAGGUGCCGCAUGUUUUCAUCUCCUGAGAUCCCAUCUGUUUCCUUUUUACAAUCACACCCACUCUCCUCUGGCCCCCACCUCCUCCGUAACCCCUGGCAGCCACUCAUCUGUUUUGCAUCUUUGUCAACUCCCCGUUUUUAAAAAGCCCUUGCUUUUCUCCACUGGAAGAACACGGGGUCCAAGAGUUAGGUCCUGAGACUUUGGCCUUGACACGAAGGCACCUGUUCUCCCUGCAGGAAGCAGGACACCAAAGCCUGCUCAGAACGCAGGCCUGUGGAGAGGGGCUGGUGGCGGGGCUCUCACGUUAGCAUGAUUCCCUGACAGCUCCGCCAGGCAGGCGCUCCUCACUUGCCGGCAGGACUGUUCCGUUGGGUGAUUUUAAUUUUACCCUCCUACUUAUCUCCAUCACACAAUCUGCGUUUCGAACUUCAGAGAAGGGAAAACUGAACUGGCUCCUGGAGGCUCUUCUCAGCCCCGGGAGCUUGGAGAACCUGCGAAGAUGGAGCCACGCAGGCGCGCAGGUGCAAGGUGGGUGGGUGGGGCAGCCGUCCCAGCAUCGGGCUGCGUCGGCCGAGAGGACGUCCAGCCCCUCAGAUGCCAACGCCCGAGGGGUUCCCGUUGCUAGAGGCGUUGCCAAGGAGGGGCCACGAGGAGGGGCUCUCUUCCGGGAGGAGGGCGACUGGUAACCCGGAAGCGGUCAGCAGUGCGGCGCUGUUUAAAGAUGGCGGCGGAGGAACCUCAGCAGCAGAAGCAGGAGCCGCUGGGUAGCGACUCCGAAGGUGUUAACUGCCUUGCCUACGAUGAGGCCAUCAUGGCUCAGCAGGACCGGAUUCAGCAAGAGAUUGCUGUGCAGAACCCUCUGGUCUCGGAGCGGCUGGAGCUCUCAGUCCUGUACAAGGAAUACGCUGAGGAUGACAACAUCUACCAACAGAAGAUCAAGGACCUCCACAAAAAGUACUCCUACAUCCGCAAGACCCGGCCCGACGGGAACUGCUUCUAUCGAGCUUUUGGGUUCUCCCACUUGGAGGCGCUGCUGGAUGACAGCAAGGAAUUGCAGAGGUUCAAGGCCGUGUCUGCCAAGAGCAAAGAAGACCUGGUGUCCCAGGGCUUCACCGAGUUCACAAUUGAAGAUUUCCACAACACGUUCAUGGACCUGAUCGAGCAGGUGGAGAAGCAGACCUCAGUAGCCGACCUGCUGGCCUCCUUCAACGACCAGAGCACCUCUGACUACCUGGUGGUCUACCUGCGGCUGCUCACCUCCGGCUACCUGCAGCGGGAGAGCAAGUUCUUCGAGCACUUCAUCGAGGGCGGGCGGACGGUCAAGGAGUUCUGCCAGCAGGAGGUGGAGCCCAUGUGCAAGGAGAGCGACCACAUCCACAUCAUCGCUCUGGCCCAGGCCCUGCGCGUCUCCAUCCAGGUGGAGUACAUGGACCGCGGCGAGGGCGGCGCCACCAACCCGCACGUCUUCCCCGAGGGCUCCGAGCCCAAGGUCUACCUUCUCUACCGGCCCGGACACUACGACAUCCUGUACAAGUAGGGCCGGCCCCGCCGCCGCCGCCCUGCUGCCCUCCCCUCUGCCAGGCGCUAGACAUGUACAGAGGUUUCUGUGUGGUUGUAAAUGGUCAUAUCUCACGCCCCUCCCUGUCACACAACCUUCCGUGUUCUAUUAAAGGGGAAGCUGGCGGUGAGCGCGUGUGCGUGUCCUGCUCUGCUGCUGCCUGCCUGGCUGCUCUGUGUCUGGCUGCGCCCCUCCCCCAGGUGGGUUCCCCAGCCUCCCUGCCGGCAGCCGUUUCCGGGGGCUAGGCCUCUUGGGGCGCCCCUCCCGGUUAUUGGGAUUUUGCUUCGGUUGUGCCUCCCUCCUUCUGGCUGGCCCCAGGGGCUUCCGUGGACACGUGGAAGUCCCUUGGAGACUCGCCCAGGGACCUGGGACCAUCACGGCUUCGAGCUGCUCCCUCACGGGCUCCCUCCAUCCUGCAGUCCGGCCAGGGCCCCAGACCCCAGCUGCCUGCUUUCCGCCAGGGGUCUGCUUGGUCGAGGACGACUGGGUGGGGGGGGGGGGGCAACAGGAUGCGGGGGGCCUGGCUCAGCAGGUGGAGGGGCUGGGGCGCCUCCAGUGUGCCCCAGGUGACCCCACCCUGGUGGGGGAGGGGCGGCCUUCAGGCCCCUGCUCGGCUGAGUCCCUGGGUAGAGGCAGGACUUGCCGGGCUGCCACCCCGUCCACCCUCCCCCCAUCCACCCCAGGCCCCGCGCCUGUGCCUGCUUUGCACCCCCUUCGCUUGGGCCACAGUGUCUGCAUCGCCUGCCUUUCUGCCUUCACCUCCUUUCCUCCCCACCCCAGACUUGUGGGGGCUCGGCCCCCAGGCUGUGAGCUCCUUGGGGGCAGGCCCUCAAUAAAUGUGAAGUGCUGCUGCCC